GUUGCUUUUAUGAUUCGGUUUCAGUACAGCACGCGUCACUUGGGUGCCUCUUCUAGUGUUCGAAUAUUAGUACUUUAGCGUCGACAUCGCCACUGUAUCGUCUGUUUUAUCCAGAUGGACUUUACGAUUUCAUUCAAGUUGCCCAAAUGCCCAACGUGUUAUUGGUUCCUUUUCGUCUUUGGCACGGAGUGCGCAUGCACGAUCAUUAAAGAGCGUCGUGUUUCAGAAAGACGCUAGUACUCCGGAGCGUCAGCAUCAGCCAUGACUGAAGAACGAAACGGUAGACACCCGCCUCCCGCGUCUACCUUCAUCGACGAAGUAACCCCGAGUACAAGCCAUGAAGGCGGCGAGGGUGCUUCAGGCACAUCCGACGAUUACACUACGGGUCUUCGGCUCUACCUGGAAGCAGAGAGUCAAAAGCCAAUACCCAUGCCUGAUCCUACUAUUUGUGACGGAUACAUCAAUGACGCGUGGAAGGCGUUGAACAGCCGGACCGAUGCUACUGAUGUCAAUGAUGCCAGUGACAGCGGAAGCACCAAUUACGCGCCUGUAGUGACCACCGGCAGGGCCGAUCACGCCUGGCCCAGUACGAGUCGUGCUGGCAUCGAGAAAGUAUCGUCCACUACGAAAGACAUCGCAAGGCAGCAUUGCUCGGCCAUCCAAGAAGAGCUCAUCAACUUCUAG